AUGUCUGGUGACAUAGAGCAGUUGAAGCAGCAGCUGCUGGUGUCCCAGUUUGUGCUGGCGGCCGGCUGCGCUACGGACCAGGCUGAGCAGCUACUGCGGGCGGCGCACUGGCAGUAUGAGACCGCACUUAGCGCCUUCUUCCAAGAGUCCAGUCACCCCUACAUCCCACACCACCAAAUGAUGGGCACCCCUGCCAACACUCCCGCCACCCCUCCCAAUUUUCCUGAUGCCCUGACUAUGUUUUCCCGCCUGAAAGCCUCAGAAAGUGGCUACCUCUCCUCACUGGCCACGUCCCCGCCCCUCCAGCAGGGCGGCGCCCAUUUCUCUCAUGAUCCUAGAAUGCAGCAAAUGGGUAUGGGCUUCAACUGCCCCGGAGGUGCCCAGAACUCCAACGGCAGUCGAGGCGCGGAGGCAAACCCAGCAGCGGAGGCUGAGAGAUGA